AUGGAAUUCGGAAAGUAGUUAUUAGCAUUAUUCCCCUAUGAUGAAACCUAUAUCAAUUUAAAUCAUGCAAGUGUCGGAAUGGAACCUAUCCACAUUGGACAAAAAAGGAUUCAUUACCUCAACGAAAUCAAUAAAAACCCUGAAAAAUGGUACAGAUUCCAUUUAUUUGAUGAAAUGAAGAGAAACAGAUAACUAGUUGCUGAUUUCGUAGGAAGUAAGAUUAAUGAAAUUACAUUUGUAAUGAAUGCUACUUAAGCCUUCUAGGAUGUAUUAGCUGCUAUUUAAUGGAAAGAAGGUGAUACUAUCGUUUACACUAACAUAGCUUACCCAGCCAUGAAGAAUUAGAUUAAGCACUUGGCUAAAUUGUAAAAAUUGAAUGCUGUUGAAGUAGUUCUUACUAAAGAAAUUGUUAAUGAUAAUGCUAAGAUUUUGAAGGCUUUUGAAGAUGUUAUGAUAGCAAACAAAGAUAAAAAUCUAAAGGCUGUAGCUUUUGAUCACAUCUCAUCAGUACCUUCAAUGAUAUUCCCUAUUGAGGAUAUCGUCGCUUUAUGCAAAAAGUAUAAUUGUCUUUCUAUAUGCGAUGGAGCUUAAACCCCUGGUCAUAUUAAUAUCAACUUACACAAGUAUGAUGUCGAUUACUACAUUUCAAAUAUGCACAAAUGGUCUUUCACAGCCAGACCUUUUGCCUUUAUUUUCAUAAAAGAAUCUCUUCAACACGAAGAUAUUCACCCUUCUAUUAUUGGCAAUUAUUAUGGAAAGGGUUACGUAGAUGAAUUUAAUGGAAAGGGAACUAAUGAUCCUUCCCCAUUUUUCACUGUUUAAGAAGCCUUAGAUUUCAGAAAAAUGUUAGGCGAAGAAAGAAUUUAAUCUUACAGCAGAAAUAUGGCCUAUAGAGCAGGAUAAAUAUUUGCUGAAACUUGGGGAACUUAAGUUUUACACUCAAACAAAGAUAUGUAUGUUAAUUUAGUUAAUAUUGAAGUACCAUUUAUCACCACUAUGGCUGAUAUGAGCGAAAUCGCCAAAGAUCUUCUUUUCAAAGAAAAUUUCUGGUUAACACACUUCUUAUUCGACGGAAAAAUUUAUGUCAGAAUUUCUGGAUAUAUUUUUAAUGAAGAAAGCGAUUAUAUUCAUUGUUCUGCUGUUGCCCUUAAAUACAUUAAGAAUUAUGUAGAAAAGCAUAGUUCUUGA